AGAACUCCCCCUCUGACUAGAAACAUGUCGGUUAUGUAGCUGUUAUUUAGGAGGUCGUCUCUCUAUUUGUGCCCCGUUUUCAUCGAUGUUUUGAUUCAGCAUGGCCUCUCUAAAAGCUGUGCUGGCUUUUUCUACCAGGACGAUCACGACACUGAAGACAAAGACGCAUGUCAUUUACAUCAAGAGGACUCUUCUCCUGCCCAGACUGCCUCUCCUCAAACGAGCAGACGGCAGGUUUAUUAACUGGUGCCAGUCCCGCUCCACAGCAACCAGAGCAGAGAGCGGAGAAGACUCUUUCCUCAAAUGGUUCCUGCUGCUGAUCCCUGCCACCACCUUCGGCCUCGGCACAUGGCAGAUGAAACGGCGUCAGUGGAAACUGCAGCUGAUUGACGAGCUGAGACGACUCACGACUGCAGAGCCCAUUCCUCUUCCUCUUGAUCCACAUGAGCUGAAUCAGCUGGAGUACAGACGGGUGAAAGUGCGAGGACAGUACGACCACUCACAGGAGCUCUACAUUCUGCCCCGCUCACCAGUCGACCCGGAGAAAGAGGCCAGAGAGGCGGGGAGGCUGUCCUCCAGCGGAGAGACGGGCGCCAAUGUCAUCACCCCGUUCCGCUGCACUGACCUCGGCAUCACAAUCCUGGUGAACAGAGGAUACGUUCCCAAGCAGAAGAUCAGACCAGAGACCAGGAUGAAGGGACAGAUGGAAGGUGAGGUGGAAGUAGUCGGGGUCGUCAGGCUGACAGAGACCCGUAAACCCUUCGUACCCAACAACGAUGUGGACAGAAACCGCUGGCAUUUCCGCGACCUGGAGGCCAUGUCCCGCGUCACCGGAGCGGAGCCCAUUUUCAUCGAUGCUGACUUUGCGAGCACCAUUCCUGGUGGACCGAUAGGUGGACAGACAAGAGUUACGCUGAGGAAUGAACACAUGCAGUACGUCAUAACAUGGUACGGCCUGUGUGCAGCGACCUCUUAUAUGUGGUAUGCAAAGUUCAUCAAGAAGAUUAAAUUGUGAAAUGCAGUGAAAUGGUUGAAUUAGACAUGAACACCUUGUCAUGUGUUUGAUUUGUACUGCAUCAGCUCACCAGCCUGCAGCAAAUAUUCACUGACAAAUAUGUAAAUAGCUGUGAAUUAUUCUCCUGAAUAAUGUAUGAGAAUAUUAAUAAAUUAACUUUGCUGUCA